AUGACGAAUAAUAAUAUAAAUCCAGCUAUAGCGAGACUCUCAUUAACCAAUAGACAUUUAACUCAAUCCAGAACCAGUUCAUCAUCAUCAACUCCAUCACAGACUACAAUUAAAACAUCAUCAGAAAAACCAAUUAUAAUACCAACUUCACAAGGUAAAAAAUAUUCAGCAACUUAUGCAAAUUACGCAACCACUAAAAAAUCAGAUUCCGAACAACCAAAAAUUUUAUCAUAUUUUCAUGAUAUUUCAUUAGAUUUAAACACACAAACAAAAGAAGCAAAUUUUAUAUGUGAAAUUCCACGUUGGUCAAAUGCAAAAUUUGAAAUUUCUACAAAAACACCUGGUAAUCCCAUAAUACAAGAUAUUAAAAAUGGUAAAGUUCGAUUUGUUAAAAAUUUAUUUCCUCAUCAUGGAUAUAUUCAUAAUUAUGGUGCAUUCCCACAAACUUGGGAGGAUCCAUUUGUAAAACAUUAUGACUUGUAUGGAGAUAAUGAUCCAUUAGAUGUUUGCGAAAUUGGAUCGAAUAUUUUGAAAACUGGUGAUGUGAAAAGAUGUAAAAUUUUAGGAUCAUUAGCAUUAAUUGAUGAUGGAGAAUUAGAUUGGAAAGUUAUAGUAGUGGAUAUAGAAGAUGAAUUAGCUUCACAAGUAAAUGAUAUAGAGGAAUUAAGAAGGAAAUGUCCAGGAUUAUUGGAAGCAACAAAACAAUGGUUUAAAGAUUAUAAAUUAGCUGAUUCAAAACCUGAAAAUAAAUUUGCAUUUGGUGGAAAUUAUAAAUCUGCUGAUGAAACUAUAACUAUUAUUGAAGAAUGUCAUCAAAGUUGGCGAAAUUUGAUACUGGGUAAAGUUCAAGGAUCAAAAGAUAAAUUACCAAGUAUUAUCAAUACUACUAUUGAAGGAUCACCUGGAUACGUAAAAGAAUUUGAAAUAAAAUUGAGUGAUCCUUCUACUGAAGAUGACUUAAUUCCUUUAGAUACCAAUAAGAAUUACUACUUCUAA